AGUUCUCCAGUGCUACGUUCUGCUGUGUGAAGACAAUGUCUGCUAAUUUCAAUCUGGCCUCUCUUCUGGAAAGUGGUGAAGCAGUUACCUAUGACAUGGACGACUGGCUCUUCGAUGGCAUCAAUCUCCAAGAAACAAACACCUCCGACCCCAACAAUUUGAGCUCCAGCGUGUGUGACCUGAAGGAGGGCCGGCAGUUCGAGGCGGUCUUCAUCCCGGUUCUUUACUCUGUGGCCUUGGUGGUGGGCAUCCCAGGGAACGGGGUGCUUCUGGGUGUUCUGGCUCGAAGCAGGAAGAGCUGGAGUGUGACGGACACCUUCAUUCUCCAUUUAGCCAUGGCUGAUGUGCUGCUGCUGGUCACGCUGCCCCUGUGGACCGCACAGGACGCCCAAGGGGCCGGGUGGACGUUUGGUACUCCUCUUUGCAAGAUCACUGGCUCUGUUUUUACGAUCAACUUCUACUGUGGUAUUUUCCUGCUGGCUUGCAUCAGCCUGGACCGCUACCUGUCCAUCGUCCACGCCACCCAGAUGUACUCCCGCAGAAAACCCCGCUUCAUCCAGGCCAGCUGCCUGGCAGUCUGGCUCUUGUCGUUCUUCCUCUCUGUCCCUGAUUGGAUCUUCCUGGAAGCUGUGAAAGACGCCAGGCGGGACAAAACAGAAUGCAUCCGCAACGUCUCGGAGUCCUGGCAUCUGGCCUCGCGCCUCCUUUACCACAUAGCAGGCUUCCUCCUGCCCUCACUGGUUCUGGUCUUCUGCUACUCAUGCAUCCUGCAACGGCUGCGCUGCGGAUCGCAGGGCCUCCAGAAACAGAGAGCUUUCAGGGUCAUCGCCGCCGUGGUGGUGGUCUUCUUCAUCUGCUGGGCACCGUACAACAUCACCCUCAUGGUGGACACCGCCUUUUCGGGAGAUAACAGUUGUGAGUUCAGAGCAUCUCUGGGGAAGGCUAUGAUCAUCACCCCCACUAUCGGUUACCUCCAUUGCAGCCUCAACCCCGUCCUGUAUGCCUUUGUCGGCGUCAAGUUCCGUCGCCAGCUCCUGGACAUCCUAAGGGCUUUGGUCUGCAAGCCCAAGCAGCGCAUCAAACUCCAGUCGGCUGUGAGUACCAGGAGAAGCUCAUUGUGGUCCAACUCCGGGGAGACUUCCAACUCCCUGGUUAUCUGAGACAGAAGCCUACACAGAACUUCAUCAAAACUAUGGAAUACUAUAAACUAAUAGUUCUUCUUCUGUUGCUCUUCUUUGUUUGGACUUCACGCAACCUCCUAUUGCUUCUUCUGAGUUUAUUUGUAGUAGAAAUACAACAUUGUUUGCUUACCUUCUAAAACAAUGUCUUAGUGUACAUUUAAACUGUGUACCAUAUAUACACACAUGUAUAUAAUACUAUAUUGUGACACCUCAUAUACUGUAUAUUAUUGAUUCCCAAAUCAUAGUUUAAGUGGUACAUGGGCUCCAUCUAGUGACACAACAAUUUUACAAAU